CUGACUGCGCUUUGCGCGAUGGGCUGCUCCAGCAGCGCCCUCAACAAGGCGGGCGACAGCAGCAGGUCCGGCAGCGGAGUACCUUCGAAUGAGAAUUCUUCCACUGUAGAACAAAACAAGUUCUGUGUAGCCCAACCCAAGCCAUGUACACCAGGAAGAGAAGCUGCCUUUCGUGGCAAUGCACAAAAGGCAAGCCAUCCUCCCCUCGAGAGGCCCAAGGCGUCAGUGGUGCCUACAGCCAAUGGUGUUAAAUCCUACCACCAACCUCUGGCAAAUGACGAGAGUUCUGGAAAGGAAGCCACAGAUCAGUCACGACCCACAAAGAAGACUGAGCCUCUAGUGCAAGGGGGAGAAUGUGAGCUACCUCAGCCAGGAGGCAAAGACGACACGCUGGGAACGGAGGAGGUGAAGAGAGAUGUGGAGGCAAGGGCAGAGGUCCAGGCUCUACCAGGAAAGGCUGAGACUGAGCCUCUGAGGAUGCCGGCAGAGAGGGACGCCCCUGGAGCGGGGGAAGACAUCGAGCUUCCACAGGCCGGAACGACGAAGUUUCUACAAACAGCUGAGAACAUUCUGUCUCUGGAAACCGCUCAGGAGCUACCACCUGAAGAAGCAAUGGGAAGGGACAAACAGCCCCAGGUUCUAGAAGCAAUUCCCAAAGAGAACAGCUCUCCGGAAAUAGCAGAAGGGAGCCAAUCUGCAGAAAGCGGCGAGAAGCAGCAGCUUUCAGAAGCAUCCGGUGAGGCUGAGCACCCCCAAAUUCUAGAAACAGUUCUCAGAGAGAACGAGACGCCACAGAUGCCAGACGGAAGCCAGCUAGUGCCAACACCUGUAAUGAACGAGUCACCCUGUGAAGCUCCCGAUGGGGUCAGAAAUGAAUCUCAAGUAACACGUGAAAACAGGGUACAUCGGGUCGGAACUGCUGAGACAGCAGCAGAGGUGGAAAUGACCAGAGAAAUCCACCCUGUUAAAGAGGAGCAACACAUUGAAGGAGAGACAGGAGAAAAUGUGGAAGCAGAGAUGAAAAAUGAGGAAGAAAGUGAAGAAGCUGAAACCAAAGAAAAAGAAACCGGAGAAGCUGUGGAUCCUGGAGCAGCAGGGGCUGGCGACAGAAGGGCUUAGUGCGCACAGUUUCACACCUCAGGGCAGAGAUAUCUGAGGCUGGGAGGGUGGGCAGCAUCUUUUUGUGGCCUUGAGGUUGAUGCAAGGAGUGUAGCUUUAGAAUGACUAUAGGAACCCAGAGAACGAUGCUGGUUUUUAUUGUUUAUGCCAUAAAACUGCUAAGCCAGACACAGUUUUCUUAGGGACUUGGGAUAAUUACGAAUUCAAAGUGACAAUAGCUAGGGCCAAUCAAAACUGUAAGAUCACUUAAGAGCAUGAAGACAGUUUUUGUCCUUGUAGCCAUGCGGCCAUUCAGGAAAAAUGAGACCCUAAAAGGAAAGUAUAAACCUUUAAAUGU